CAUAUCCAUUUAUCUAGGAACUUUUCGUAACAAUAUUAUAUAUGGUUGUAUGUAUACAGAAAGAAAACUAUUUAUAUGAUCCGUUUAUGAAUCUGCUGGUAGUGCGGACCACAAAAUACAGUGACUGAUUUUGUAUUAACCGCAUGGUAUAUACUUUAAAAUUGUAUAUGUCACUUGCAUAUAAUAUUUUGUUUGCAAUAUGUUAAGAAACUAUUUAUUUUGAGUAUAUAAAUGGAUAUACUUGCCAACAAAUAAACAUCACAAUAUGGCAGAACAACAACAGUCACCUUCUGGCUUUAAACGUAUGUCUUUAGAUAAAAUUAUCGAAGCUAUGACUUCAGAUUUAGAAAGUUCUAAUGGUCAUUAUGUUCAAUUUGGUGUAAAUCCACAGCAAACUACAUCUCAUAAUUGGGGAAAUUAUUCUUCAAAUCAAACAAGACAUUAUAUUACUAGUCAAUCUCCUCAUUCUAAUUUACCCCCAAUGCAAUCCAUGUCUCCAAUGGGUGCUCCUCUUUAUAUGCAAGAUAUAUCUAAUUAUGAUUCUCCAACAGAUUCAAUUUAUUUUCCAUCCCAAACAGGGGUAAAUCAUUUAGGUAUAAAUGAAAAUAAUGAUUUAAUUGGUACUAUAGAUGUUGGAGGAGGCAAUUAUAUUAAUGUGAUUUAUGGAAAUGCUUCACAAAUUAUGGCAGAACAAUGUCAGCUAUCAAAUAUGACACCUUACAGAAAUCAAAAUAUGAUUGAUCGAGAAUAUGGUCUUUUUAAUGAUCAACAUAUAAAUAUACCACCUGAAUUACCAACUCAAAAUUUUAAUGGAAAACAAUUAAUUGAAAAUUUAGUUGGUAAUUGGGUACCAAACCAAUCUGGAACAUAUAGUCCUUUUGGUGGAUCUUCAAAUGUAACUUCAGUAGUACAAUCAAAUAUAGAUAUUAGAGAUUCUGAAGAGUUACCUAGAAAUUCAACUGAUUCUCAACACAAAAAACCUCGUGUUGUAGCAGAAGUAAAACCUAUGCGGCCUUCUUAUUCUGAUGUUCUAACAAAAUCUGCUCCAACACCUCCAUCACCUUUAACAAUUCAAUCUAUAAAACCUAAAACAGAAUCUGUAAAUAAAAAAAUUUCUAAUAAAAAUUCAAAAAAUAAAUCUAAAUCUACAACAUUAAAGAGACAAAAUUCAUCUGGAAGUGAUGAUCAUAAUUCUCCAAAAAUGCAAAUACCACGAAAAAUCUUAGAAAAAAAUAAUUCAAAUCUUCCAAGACGUUGGGUAUCGUUAGAUAAUCUUGGUUCAACAACUGAAACUCAUGAAAUAAAUACUUUUGAUAGAUCAAAUCAAUUUGAAAAAAAAAAAGUUUCUAAAAUGUCUAAAAAAAUAGAAAAAGGAGAAACACUUAAUAAUUCAAAAAUUCAAAAUAAUAAUCCCAAAUCUAUUGGAAAUAUUCUUAAACGUCCUAUUCAAAUAAAUAAUAAUUUAAAUAUAAUAAAUGCUUCCAGUCAAACUAUUUCUCCUGAAAAAAUAGAGAAAAAUCAACAAAUUGUAAAUAAAAUGAAUAAAGAAGAAAAAAAAGCAACCAAAGAAAAAAAUUCAAAACGUUUUCAGACUGAAAAAACACAACAAAUCAAAAAAGCUCAAAGAAAUCGAAGAAGAGAAAAUAAAGAAUCACCAGUCAAAGAUUUGUAUAAAAAUCUAAAUAAGUAUGCCAGUCAUUGGAUUAAAAUUGGUUUAAAAAUAUUUCAUUGGUUGCUACAUUUAGUAUCUGAUGUAGUUAGUAUGAGUGCUAAUCUUAUGAUUUUACUUGCAAAAUGUGGAUGGUAUCACACUAUAUUAUAUUUAAAAUACUCAUGGGUUUAUAUGGCUAUAACAUUUUCAAAAAUUCGUAUUUUAAAUAUUGUUGGUAAGCAAUUGGAUAACUGGUUUGGUAAUAGUAAAUUUGCAUUUUGGCGUAAAAUAAAAACUAAAAGUGAAGAAAAAGAAGAAAAUAGUAAUUGGAUACAUGGUGGUCUUGAAGCCAAUAUUGCAUUACCUAGUACAGGUGAAGAAGCUAUGAAAAGAUUAUUAGCAUGUAAAGGAAAAGAUCCUUAUAGUAUACUUGGUGUUACACCAACAUGUUCAGAUGAUGAUAUUAAAAAAUAUUAUAAGAGACAGGCUUUUUUGGUUCAUCCAGAUAAAAAUAAUCAGCCUGGUGCAGAAGAAGCAUUCAAAAUACUUGUACAUGCAUUUGACAUAAUUGGUGAACCGGAACGCAGACAAGCAUUUGAUCAAACUAGACAAGUUGAAGCAGCUUGGGGUGUAUUAAGUGAUUUACUUUCUCAACUUCAUAGAAAGAUGGAACAGGCAGCAAAUACAAUUAGAUGUACAAAUUGUGGUUUAAGGCAUAAAAGAAUUCCAACACAACGUCCUUGUUAUGCAGCGCGAUUUUGUGCUCAAUGUAAAAUACGUCAUAGUGCAAAAGAAGGAGAUAUCUGGGCAGAGUCUCGUUUAAUGGGUUUUCUUUGGCAUUAUUAUGCCUGUAUGGAAGGAGCAGUAUAUGAUGUUACUGAUUGGGCAGCUUGUCAAGCUGGUAAUUUAAAACACUUAAGAGCAAAUACACAUAGUGUUCAGUAUAGAAUUGUCUUAGGUCAACGACCACCAUCACAAACGCCCAAUAAUGGUAAAAGACGUCAACAAAUAGAUCCGAAUACCAGUGAAGCAGACUUUGAAGACUUUUUAAAUAAUUUAUACAAUCACAGCAAGACCGGAAAUUCAAGUCCACCAGAUCAAAGUUCUUUUAGAGGGGACUGUAAGCGACGUAAAACUAAACGCAAGAAGUAAAAAAUAUGGCAAGUUACUUCCUAAUCUUUUAGCAUUCGUCAUGUAUAAUUAUACAGUAAUAUAUAUAAUACCAUAAUGAA